UCUGCACCAGGCAGGAACCCACGUGUUCAGCUACCAGGAAAGCACUAGACCUGAAGCAGCAGGGAGGUUUCAUUAUCUUUACAUUUUAGAAAAGCCUUAACGUUACAUAUACGUGCUUACUAUUACUUUGCUUUAUUGCGCUCGAGGACAUUUUUCAGAAUGUCUUCUUUCAGGAAAGCGUUGAAAUCCCGACAGAAAAACCACCAUGAAAGAUCUCAGCCUGGUUUCAGGAAACAUUUGGGAUUGCUGGAGAAGAAGAAAGACUACAAACUCCGUGCAGAUGAUUACCACAAGAAACAAAACACUCUUUCUGCUCUGCGAAAGAAAGCUCUGGAGAAGAACCCAGAUGAGUUUUACUUCAACAUGAUCAGCUCUCAGCUGAAGGAUGGAGUUCAUGUAGUAAAAACAGCCAAGGAGGAGGUGGAGGUGACAGAGGAGCAGAAGAAAGUGAUGAGGACGCAGGAUAUAAAAUAUGUGGAGAUGAAAAGGGUUGCAGAGGCUAAGAAAAUUGAGAGGCUGAAAGGAGAGCUCCAUCUUCUGGAUGCAGACAGCAAACAAAAAAACAAUCAUACAUUUUUUGUGGAUUCCAAGAAAGAAGUGCAAUCAUUUGACCUGGCAAACCACCUCAACACAGCUCCUGAGCUGGUGGACAGAGUGUACAACAGACCAACUCUGCAAACUCUGGAGACUAAGAGCAUCCAGGGAGCUGUAGAGCCUCACAGUAUGAAGAAGUUGGCCAGGCAGAGGAAGCACCAGUAUAAGAUCCUUUCCCAGAGGAUUGACAGAGAAAAGAAAAUGUUUGUAAUCAGCCAGAAGAUUCAGACCCGCAAGGACCUACAGGAUAAGAACAAGAAAGUGAAGGUAAAAAAGGAGACACCCAAUGCUGCAGCUAUCUACAAGUUUGAGGCCAAGAGGAAACGCUGAGAGGGGAGUAACCAUCAUGCUGAAAAGAAAUCACCAACUCUGCCAGUGAGAUACUGGUGAAAUAAUGGACUUCAGAUCACGCCAUAGACCACAGACAUCAAGCAACUGUGCUGUUUUGUACAUAUUUAUCAAAUACUUUUAGUUUCUUUCAAAUAAACAGGAUAACACA